AUGGGGCUUGAGGGCAACGAAGGGGGCGAAAAGCUUCAUACGCAACCGCACAACCAGAAUAACUCGGAGUUUUCGAACACAUCAAAUCAUGACACAGAAUCAGCCAGGAGGAUCGAUCCGAAUUCUUUCGUGAUCUCUUUUGACGAUGAAAACGACCCCUGGUGCCCGCACAGCAUGCCCCUAUUUCGCAAAUGGCUUGUCGUCAUCAUCGUCUGCUUGGGAACAGUCUGUGUCUCGAUUUACACGGCUACCUACACCCAGAUGAACCCCGAGUUUGGAGUGUCCUCCUUGGUAGCAACCUUGGGCCUCUCUUCUUUUGUUUUGGGAAUCGGUCUCGGGCCGGCCGUCAUCAGCCCUCUAAGCGAAUCUUAUGGAAGAAGGCCAAUCUAUCUUACGACAUGGCUUCUGUUCAUCAUAUCGACAAUCCCAUCAGCCGUCGCCAAAAACAUCGAGACGAUUGUCAUCACACGAUUCUUCAGCGGCUUUUUCGGCGGAACAUUUCUCUCAGUUGCGGGAGGAAGCUGCGAUGAUAUGUUCCCUCCUCACAAGAUCCAGAAACCGAUGGCUCUUGUAUCUUUGGCCCCUUUUGCAGGCCCUUGCACCGGUCCCCUCCUUGGAGGUUUCAUCAACUACUAUCUCAACUUCAGAUGGACGUACUACAUAAUGAUCAUAUGGGCUACAGUUAUCUUGGUAAUGAUUUUCUUCUUUGCUCCGGAAACUUACCAUUCGGUCUUGUUGCGAGCAAAGGCGCAAAGACUCCGGAAGGAGACUGGAGACGACCGUUAUCAUGUGUCGACUGAACAUUCCCUGCCGGCUUCGAAGACAAGGGCUGUGGCAACAUCAAUUAUCCGCCCAUGUCAGUUUCUUGUCUUUGAGCCGAUGUGUCUCUGCUUGAACAUUUACUCAGCCAUACUGCUCGGAAUUUUGUACUUAUUCUUCCUCGCCUUCCCCAUGGUAUUCCGCAAUCAGUACGACUUGAAUCUCUGGCAAGGCGGGUUGACAUUCUCAGGCAUCAUCAUUGGGAUGUGCUUGGCGGCCACCACGACUCAGAUCUGGUCCAGAAUCAGAGGUUCCUUACUGGAAAGCCAUGGAACAAGUGAGCCCGAGUUCAGACUACCACCAGCGAUGGCUGGUGCGCUACUUAUACCGAUUGGCCUUUUCUGGACCGUUCUCGAAUUCACUGGAAUUUUCACCUUCCUCGUUGAUGCCUACAAGCAGUAUGCGGCGUCUGCGAUGGCCUCGAAUGGCCUCACAAGAUGCACAAUCGCAGUUGCGCAUGUCGAAUCUGAAUCAAGUACAAAUGCUAAAUGCUCGGGCUUGAAAACAGCUGCAUUCCCACUUUUUGGUGUUCAGAUGUAUGAGAAACUGGGAUACGAGUGGGCAACCAGUCUUCUUGCUUUCUUGACUGUCGCCAUGAUGCCUUUUCCAUGGCUGUUCUUCAAAUAUGGCAAGAACCUCAGAAGAAGAAGCAGAUUUGCUGUUCGCACCAAAUAG